AGCAAUGGUAGCGAUGUUUUCUUGUUGAUUGGAGUGAAGACGGCUGUGGUGGAGAACUUUGCGUUCCGACAAGCGAUUCGAGAGACUUGGGCGAGUGAAAAUGCGCUGCCAGGCGACGCCAAAGUGUUGUUUAUCGGGUGCAACCCAAAAUUUGACGAAGUUCCAAGUGAAGUUGAGCGAGAAGAGAUUAAAACUGCGAUAAAUCUGGAGAAGCGAACGUACGGCGACCUGCUUACGGAGGAGUUGACCUGCGAAGACUCGUACGACGAUCUCGCGGACAAGGUGAAGCAGUUCCUACGCUUCAGUGCUCUAGAUUUUCCGCUGACGCCGUUCGUGAUGAUUGCGGACGAUGAUAUUUACCUCCGAGUGGACCGACUUGCCGGUGAUUUACGCAAGGAAGACCACUCUCAGCACCUAUACAUCGGGCAAGUGUGGGAUAAACUUCUCGGCCGCAGUCAAGAGCCUGUGCGCGGUUCAACCGAGCGAUAUUUCAUCCCUGAAGAUAUCUACCCGUUGCACUCUUAUCCUCCAUUUGCAUUCGGUCCACACUACGUGCUUUCCAUGGCCUGCGUGCGCUUUAUCGCCAAGAACCACGAGAGAUUGCGCGGCUUGGACCCCAUUGACGAUGUUAGUGUGGCGUUAUGGUUGCUCACGCUGCAAGUUCAUGCUGAGCACACGCCGGCAUUUUCAAGUCUUGGGAUCGGAGUGUGUAUGGGCGGCCUCAUUUCCCUUGCGAACCUGUCACCGUACGGAAUCCGAUCAAUCCACGCGAACAUAAUUGCAAGGCGUGAUCUGUGUGACGGGUUUGAUCGCAUAACAUGGCAGAAA